AUGCCUUACAAUGACAGUGAGACCUUUCGUGGCUACCCCAUCGAGUCACUGGCCAACAACACCUCGACCAAGAUCAACUGGCCCGUCGACGACCGCGUCCUCUUCCUCCAACAUGCCGCUCGAUAUCAGAUAACGAAGCCCAACAUGGUCGAUUGCGGCGCCGAUGAGCUUUACACCAAACUCGGCAUCUCUGCACGACCAGAGUACUACAAGCGGGUUGUCGGGCGGCGCGUCACGUCAGCCCUGGUCUACCUUGUCACGGAGAAGCUCCGCAAGAGCGGCCUUCUUGUCAAGACAAGAGGCCGUGACCAGAUAACCGGGGCUCAGAUUGAGAUUUGGCGGUGGCCAACCUUCACACGCAACUGGCUUGCUCCAGGGUGGACGGGGAACCAGGGCGCGCCUGAUGAUUGGGACGGAGAGUUGCGAGAGGAUGUCCCUGGGCGACGAGCUUCAACUCCGAGCCCUGUCGGGAGAGGUCGAGGCCGCCACAGCAAUCGCCAUGACGGCCAUGGUCGGGCUCGUAGCCAAGAAAGCGGCGGUAUGGAUGGCGACGAGCGUGUACGGGCUUCUGUUGACAACCUGGCUCAAGCCAGCCGUGGCAGGCCAAGGGCCAGGUCAAUGGCAGCGAGCCACGAUGAUCAGCUGAGCACGUUUUGGGAUCCCAUCCGCAUCGACAGCCAGUCCCCUCCUCGAGCUCGAAACCGAGAUGGAUCACCCAGUGGCCUUCAACCUCCGUUCAUGUCCGCGGCCAUCAGCACCCCUCAGGUCAGCCAGAAAGACAGAGCCCAUCCGAUGAAUCACAGGAACCUUCGCAUUGUUACGGGUUCCCAUCGUUGUCUUGAAAGUCGGCGGAUCAUUGAGGGAAUCAUGUCGCCUCCGUCUACUCCCCCUUCACGAUACGACGAUCCUCGCACGUGGCCCGAGCCCCCUCGGGAUGACCCAACCUCGGAGCCAGAGCCUGCUUUCCCUUCUCCGCCUGACCACGACUUGACUCCAACUCCAACGCAGAGUAGUUUCCCCGUCAUAGAUCCCACGGUGAAUCGACGGAGCUGGUCUCGGCAACCCCCUCGCCAGAGCCAAGGGUCCAACGACGACCCAGACACCAACGAGCACGCCCUAUGUCCCGCGCUUUCGGCCUGCGGGCCCGACCCAGCACUGUCCGAAGAGGCUCUGAGCAUCGCCACCCAGUCUCUCCAGUAUGCCCAGUCGGAGCUCAAACACUGGUUUUUGGCGGGUGUUGCCGGUACCCAAGGCGAUUCCCGGGGUGAGUACCAGCACAUCUGUGCUGCACGAUACGCCGCGACAAUGAGGAUUCAGUAUGCGAACCAAGCUGUCGCAGUCCUCAAGGAGGCUCGGAAGAAUGAGCCACGGGGAUUGCUCAUGGACUCGUCUAUCUGGAAUACUGUGCUGAAGGUUGGUCCAGAGUGGGAGCGCUUUUACAUUGAGGAGGCUGAGGAAGAUAGAUGA